GUUAUCCAUUAGAAUAUGUCGAAUCGCAACAUCUUCCUGGUUGACUACAAGCACCUGCAUGGAGUGACUGCAAAUGUGAUCAAUGGGAAACAGCACUUCUUGGCUGCUCCUCUCUGCUUGCUCUACAUGACUCCAGAAGAUAAGCUCAUGCCCAUCGCAAUCCAGCUGAAGCAGGAGCCUGGAGAAGACAACCCCAUCUUCCUUCCUACUGACUCUGAGUAUGACUGGCUCCUGGCCAAGAUCUUUGUGAGGAGUGCUGACUUCGCUGAACACGAGCUGAACUUUCACCUGCUGAGGACUCACUUGCUGGCUGAGGUGUUUGCCGUGUCGACACUGCGCAAUCUACCAAUGGUGCAUCCCGUCUACAAGCUCCUGAUCUCUCACUUCCGCUACACUCUGCAGAUCAACACUCUGGCUAGACAGGCCCUCAUAUCAGAGAAUGGGGUGAUCACAGAGAAUGCCAGUGUAGGAGGUCCAGGGAUGAUGGAGUUCCUGAAGAAAGCGGUGGCCUCAUUGACCUACAGCUCCCUCUGUAUGCCGGAGGACAUCACAGCACGCGGUCUGGAGUCAAUCCCCAACUUCUUCUUCAGGGAAGAUGGACUCAGGCUGUGGGACAUCGUCCACAGGUUUGUUCAGGAUAUGAUUGGUCACUACUACACCUGUGACUCAGACGUCCAGAAGGACUGUGAACUGCAGAACUGGAUCAAGGAUAUCUUCUUCCAUGGGUUCCUGGCAGAAACCAGCACAGGAAUCCCUCAGUCUUUCAGUUUGGUGACAGAGCUGGUCAAGUUUCUCACCAUGGUGAUCUUCACAGUGACUGUCAAACAUGCUGCAGUCAACAAUGGACAGUUUGAUUUUGGCGGCUGGAUGCCCAACUUCGCCAUCGCUCUGCAACAGCCACCUCCCACCACUAAGGGGCAGUGUACUGAGAGCACCAUGCUGAAGACCUUCCCUGACAUCAAUACCACCGUCCAUGGCAUGGCAGCGGUGUACCUUCUGAGCUCGCAGUCCACUGACUUUGUUGCUCUUGGAAAUGGCUAUCAGGAUCACUUCAGUGAGAAGACCCCUCUGAAACUGAUUCACGAAUUUAAAAAUGUGCUGAAGGAAUACAACUUUGAAAUCCAAGGCAGGAAUGUCUCUUUGCCCCUGUCAUAUACCUACCUGAAUCCCAACAAUGUGGAGAACAGUGUGGCCCUGUAAAAUGAGUCGGGGGUCGUAUUUAUUAGGCACCAAAUGGAAAAAAAACUUGCUGAUACAGGGAGAGACUAACUUGUUUUCUGUUGAAACAUGUUUUGAAACAUUUAUCUUAUGGUGUGCCCUAAUCAUUACAACCCAGGCAGUUUACUCUAUUGCGGUUCAGUCCACUUUUCCUUUUUAAUAGCCACAUGCAGCCAAGAUAAGAAGUUAAAUGUUUCUACUUCUGUGUUGUUUUGUAUGCCACUAGCUGAUCCCUUUUUAUCAAAGUAUUUAGUUGGGUUCUUCACCCUUGUAUAACUGAAUGUUUGUGCCUCGGGUCCCUUCCUGUUAUUGGUAAAACCUAAUCUUACAUGCAAAACAGGAAGCUACUGUAGCUGCUCCCCAUGGCCUUCCAUUUUCCAGCUAAACCAGCAGGAGGUCUGGUAUAUGGUUCCCAUAGAGACAGGUGACCUUAAGGAGAACUUCUUUCAGCUACCUGCCUCCCUCUAAAAGGGGAGUGUUGAGAGUAAACUACCAAAUGGACAACACCUACAGACCUCACUUCCCAUAGGGCCUUGCUGCUGAGAGAGAACUGCAUGUGACGUUCCUGAUUUAUUAGCAGUGUAGCUUGAACCCACUCAAUUGUGUGAGAGCCAAAAGGAAACUCCUGUCCAUACAGCCAAGAUAAAGUUAUAAUCUCUAACUCUGAUUUGUAACUCUAUUUGCUGGCUGAUCAACAGCUUUUUGAUUUCAUGCAAUAAAGUCUUAGUUAAUUUUCA